AUGACGGAUGCUCCUAGGGCUAUACGGGAUUGCCAAGCUGACAUCCAAACACGAGUAGAAACGUUCAACAGCAUGAGCAACACUUGGAAGGGGAGAAGUAAACAGAACCAGGAGGCAACCUUGGAGGUAAUCAAAGAUAACCUUCGAGAAAAGAUACGAGAUAAAAAAGGGGUAACGAUUGAGAUUAUACCAGAGGAGGGUUUUAGCGAGGACGAUGAAGCUCUGGCUGCGGAUCUUGCCGCAUUCCGAGAUGCUCGGAGAACACCCACGAGUGCUCCAGGAGGUCGGGUUGAUUCCGACAGCGCCCAGGACGAAGUGAUUAAUGCCCGACUUCGCGGCAUUGACACCGAAGAGGAGGGGGAGGAGGAAGAAGAAGAGCUGGAAUUACCUGUAGCGGGGGAUUACGAAGGGGGGGGGAGGAGGAUGUGUAGAACAAUCACGAGUGCUAAGGGAGAUAGUGGGGGAUUUCUUCUGAUUCGUAUAUUGUAUUAG